CGUACCUUAACCAUACGCAAGGGUUUAAGGGUUCUUUUAUUGAGUUGAAUUGGAGGGAUAUGGACCCACAAGAUAUGGUAGCUGCUGUGAAUAGAAGAAGACACAGUCUUCUACAAGUUGGAUUCAGUUUGAUGCUACAGGCCAAGGGUGGAUUCAUGAUGUGGACAAAUUAGUAGUCGUAAUUUGGACAAAGUUCGUAAAAUGAAGAGUAGAAUGACAAGGCUGAUUGCUCGGGUUCAAAAGGUUAGAGAUGAGCUUGCACAAUUACUAGAAGAUGAUGAUGAUAUGGCCGACUUAUACUUGUCGAGAAAAGCAAGUAUUGCAACAUCUCAUUUCGAUGAAAAUGAUGUUGAAGAGCUUGAACAAUUACUUGAGGCUUAUUUCAAGCAAAGCGAUGACACGUUAAACAAAUUAACCGCGUUACGAGAGUAUAUCGAUGAUUCCGAAGACUACAUUAACAUUCAACUUGACAACCAUCGUAAUAACCUAAUUCAGUUGGAGCUCUUUCUUACCUCUGGAACCAUUGGCCUAUCUAUUUUCUCUCUGGUGGCUGGUAUUUUUGGCAUGAACCUCCCAUUUACUUGGAAUGAUGGCCAUGAAUAUAUGUUCAAAUGGGUAGUUAUUGUGGGAGGAGUAAUCUCUCUAUUUCUGUUUUUCAUGAUUAUCAUCUAUGCUUACAAAAGGAGGUUGAUUGGAUCAAUAUGCUGGAAAACUAAAGUGGAGUAGAAAAUGAACUCUAGGACUAAUUAAUUGUUGAUUAGCUGGCUAACUACUAACUAACUAUGGUUAGUAAAAUAACAAC